AUGUCGUUGGCCAAAAUUGGAUAUGCCCGUACAUUUCUGAGGCUACUUUCAAAUGGUUUGCCUAGACUUCAGUCAGCGAUUCCUCCAGCAGAACCUGGGCAUGAUUUGGCCACAGAUGUUUCUAGUGGGAGACCGCUAGUCCCAAAACCCAAACCUAGUGAUCCUAGGCCAGUCCGUUUCGCCAUGAGCAAUUUGAAUCCAGACGUGAUGAGCAACUGGGAGCUUGAAAGAUUGAGAAUUGUGCCCAAGUUGGCCACGUUCUACGGUGGAAACCCGGUUCAUGAAGAUAACAUGAACCAGUUGAAUGCUUUGGUCAGAAAGUACAAGAAUUUGCCAACUAGGGUGUUAGAUGAGAAAGAGUUAAAAGCUUACAAAUUUGUAUCACUCGAGGACUAUAGAAAAAGAGCACAGUCGGGAACCCGGCUCAAGAUUGGCCACCAUAAGGAGUUGUUGGAGCUAUUGAACAGAUUAAGAAGUAUUGAACCCGAGUUGAUGCCCAAGGAAGUUUUUGAGGUAUUGCAAAAAUAUUCUUCGGCUCUGGAAGACAAGAAGCAAGUGGUGCAAACCGCGAUCAAAACGUUGGACAAGUACGGGCGUGCGAACACAGUUGGAAAAAGAAAAAGAGCAGUGGCGAAUAUUUCUAUGGUCAAGGGAGAAGGUUUGGUUCUUGUUAAUGGAAAAAGUUUCCUCGAGUAUUUCAAACGGGACAUUGACCGCUCGAAGAUUGGAUACCCGUUCAAGGUGGUGAGCCAAGAGGGUCAGUACAAUGUUUUCAUCACCACUGAAGGUGGCGGAAUUAGUGGACAAGCUGAGGCAGCGAUGUAUGGUAUUUCCAAAGCCUUGGUUGUUUUCAACCCGUUGUUCAAGUCUCGCUUGAGAUUGGCAGGCUUGAUGACGAGAGACGCCAGAAAGGUGGAGAGAAAGAAGCCAGGCAAGGUAAAGGCCAGAAAAUCGCCUACUUGGGUCAAACGUUAA